AUGACAAAAGACAAUCGAAGCACCCACUUUGACAUCCAAUACAAAGAGGGCGAUCAGGAGCUGACAAAGCACGCGCGAGCAAUUCAACCCACCUCCACCCAAGCCGCCCGCGAGUAUGAACGUGGCUCUAGCAGGAAAGACGGCGCCCAAGUGGCCGCAAAAAAAGUUGAUCCUCCCCAUGAGUUGGCCCUCCCAAAUAUCGUUAAAUCAGGUAACCAGUUGAGCAUGAAACUUCGGAACGAAUCGCCAUGGAAAACACUAAAACAAGUUUAUGAGUGCAUUCUGGCGGAUCAAAUGGUGGUGGUAGUAAAGAAAUCCAAGCCAAACAACGUCUAUCUCCUCCAGAGGUUCACUGAGGGUAAACAUGAGGAGAUAUAUCAUAGACUAUCCUCCAUGCAGCACAUUAAUGUGGCCUUUGCGAAGGAUUUCUUUACUACGAGUGACAGCUUAUUCGCUCUAAGCGAUUUUGUUCCUCUAACACUUAGACACAUUGUGGAUUGCCGCCAUUUUCCGGAUGAGCAGCAGUUAAAUGCAAUCAUGACGCAGGUUUUGAAUGGGCUUAGCUACAUAGUAUCUCAGAACUUGCAACAUACGACUUUGGACUGUUCGGGUAUCUUAAUGGACACCGAUGGCAAUAUCAAGAUUGGCAUGCAUGAGCUUAUUCCAUAUCGAAGGCGUCUACACACCUGUGUCUUACGGGGCAGAUGGGAGUCCCAGCCACCGGAAAUGAAAUCUGUGGCGAACAUCAUGAUGCAGUUGCUACAAAAUUAUGUCAAGGACGAUGGAAAGGUCGGUGUUGACGACUUGAAUCGCUGGCCCUCCGAUUCUAUUCCAGUUGAAUUUCUUUCCGCCACAAUCACUGUCGGCACAGUGGAGGAACUCAUGAAGGCAUCAAAAUUAGAUUUAGGAAGAAGGUCCUCAUUGGCCUUGCUUGGUUCGCUCUUCAUUCUACUAGAACAUUUUGGGGCUAUACGCCCUGAGAAAGCUACUAUUUUGUCACCGCUGUUUGAUGCUGUUUUGCAUAUUCGCAAAAUAUAG